AUGUCCUGCCGCUCCUACAGGAUCAGCUCAGGAUGUGGGGUCACCAGGACCUUCAGCUCCUGCUCGGCUGUGGCCCCCAAAACUGGCACCCGCUGCUGCAUCAGCGCCGCCCCUUACCGAGGGGUGUCCUGCUACCGGGGGCUGACCGGCUUCGGCAGCCGGAGCCUCUCCAACCUGGGCUCCUGUGGGCCUCGCAUGGCCGUGGGCGGCUUCCGCGCCGGCUCCUGCGGCCGCAGCUUCGGCUACCGCUCCGGCGGCGUGUGCGGGCCAAGUCCACCCUGCAUCACCAGCGUGUCNNNNAACGAGAGCCUCCUCACGCCCCUCAACCUGGAGAUCGACCCCAAUGCGCAGUGCGUGAAGCACGAGGAGAAGGAGCAGAUCAAGUGCCUGAACAACAGGUUUGCUGCCUUCAUCGACAAGGUGCGCUUCCUGGAGCAGCAGAACAAGCUGCUGGAGACCAAGUGGCAGUUCUACCAGAACCAGCGCUGCUGUGAGAGCAACCUGGAGCCCUUGUUCAAUGGCUACAUCGAGACGCUGAGGCGGGAGGCCGAGUGCGUGGAGGCUGACAGCGGGAGGCUGGCCUCGGAGCUCAACCAUGUGCAGGAGGUGCUGGAGGGCUAUAAGAAGAAGUAUGAAGAGGAGGUAGCUCUGAGAGCCACGGCAGAGAACGAGUUUGUGGUUCUGAAGAAGGACGUGGACUGCGCCUACCUGCGGAAAUCCGACCUGGAGGCCAAUGUGGAGGCACUGGUGGAGGAGUCCAGCUUCCUGAAGCGCCUCUAUGACGAGGAGCUCCAGGUCCUCCACGCCCACAUCUCAGACACCUCAGUCAUCGUCAAGAUGGACAACAGCCGGGACCUGAACAUGGACUGCGUUGUGGCCGAGAUCAAGGCUCAGUACGACGACAUCGCCAGCCGCAGCCGGGCUGAGGCUGAGUCCUGGUACCGCAGCAAGUGUGAGGAGAUGAAGGCCACGGUGAUCCGGCAUGGGGACACCCUGCGCCGCACCAAGGAGGAAAUCAACGAGCUCAACCGCAUGAUCCAGAGGCUGACCGCUGAGAUCGAGAAUGCCAAGUGUCAGCGGGCCAAGCUGGAGGCUGCUGUGGCCGAAGCUGAGCAGCAGGGCGAGGCGGCCCUGACUGAUGCCCGCUGCAAGCUGGCAGAGCUGGAGGCCGCCCUGCAGAAGGCCAAGCAGGACAUGGCCUGCCUGCUCAAGGAGUACCAGGAGGUGAUGAACUCCAAGCUGGGCCUGGACAUCGAGAUCGCCACCUACAGGCGGCUGCUGGAGGGCGAGGAGCACAGGCUGUGUGAAGGUGUGGGCUCCGUGAAUGUCUGUGUCAGCAGCUCCCGUGGCGGAGUCGCCUGCGGGGGCCUCACGUGCAGCACCACCCCGGGGCGCCAGAUUGCCUCUGGCCCUGUGGCCACAGGAGGCAGCAUCACGGUGAUGGCCCCGGACUCCUAUGGCCCCUGCCAGCUCCGCUCGUCCAGCUUCAGCUGCGGGAGCAGCCGGUCUGUCCGCUUCGCCUAGAGUCCC